AUGGCGCAGGGAAGACAGUCUACGUUGAAAAACUUUGUCGGUUCAGGCGAUAAGCAGAAGAACCAAAAGUCCGCCUUGUCAUCCGAUAGCAAGCCCAAAGACAAGAAACUCCCCAAGAAACAGCAGGGUAUAGAUAAGGAACAACAGGAAGAAAACCCCAUUGCCGGUACUAGGGAUUCAGCGGCUACAACAAAAGCCACAUCCACAUCCACAAAAAGCGAGGUACAGCUCAGGUCAACUCAACAGAAUGGCAACCACAAAAGAUCUUCCCCACCCGAGCCAGAGACUGAAGACGACGAAGAUGAAGAUGUAAGACCUGCAAGCAAGAAGAGGAAGAUAACAUCCAGCGAAGCGAGACCUCUGCAGAAGGACGUCAAAUCGUCUAAGCAGUUAGUAUCACCUAAAAAGCCGGCUCCGAAAGAUGAGGAUGUAUCUACACCCUUGCCCGAUGGGGAAGAGACAGAGUCUGAAUCAGAGGCGGACGAGUCAUUAAGCGAGGCGGAAGAAAAGCAAGUCAACAAGAAGCAGGUUGCUAAGAUCCAGGCCACCAUUCAGAGCACGACCCAAACACCAUACCCUGAUUGGAAGGCUGGCAGUCCAGUUCCGUAUGCAGCAUUGUGUACGACCUUCUCUCUGAUCGAGUUGACAACGAAAAGAUUGCAGAUUACUGCGUAUUGCUCCCAAUUCCUGCAGCAGGUCCUCCGCCUCACUCCCGACGAUCUACUGCCGACAGUGCAACUCAUGCUGAACAAACUGGCAGCUGAUUAUGCUGGCAUCGAGCUAGGCAUUGGCGAGUCAUUGAUCAUGAAGGCCAUUGGAGAAAGCUCCGGCAGAUCGCUAGCUGUCAUCAAGGACGAUCAUCGUAAGAUUGGUGAUCUUGGUUUGGUCGCAGCGAAAAGCAAAUCCAAGCAAGGUCAGAUGUUCAAGCCCAAGCCACUUACUGUGAAAGGUGUGCACCAAGGUUUGCUAGAAAUAGCCAAGAUGGAGGGUCAUGGCUCUCAAGAUCAGAAAGUCAAGGCUAUUAACAAGAUUCUGGCAUCAGCUGAUGUAUCAUCCACGAGCAAGACAGUUGACAUUACCAAGGACAAAGGCGGCCCAUCAGAAGCGAAAUUCAUAGUUCGGUUUCUGGAAGGCAAGCUUCGACUCGGGUUGGCAGAGAGAACGGUAAUUGUUGCUCUCGCACAAGCCGUUGUUACCUACGAAGCCUCAAAGAAGGGCAAAGUCUCAAGUACAGAUCAACUGGCCAAGGGAGAGGCUGCCCUGAAGACUGUUUACAGCGAGCUUCCGUCCUACGAGGUUAUCAUUCCUGCAAUGCUUGAAUAUGGUAUCUUCAACUUGCACGAAAGUUGCAAACUACAGCCUGGUGUGCCUCUCAAGCCCAUGUUGGCCAAGCCGACCAAGUCAAUAUCUGAAGUUCUGGAUAGGUUUGAAGGCAAAGAUUUUACCUGCGAAUACAAAUAUGAUGGUGAGCGAGCUCAGAUACACUACGUUGCUCCAGAAGAGCAAUCCAAAUUUCCAGCCGCCAAAGAUAAUCUCAACAAGAACCCAAUGUCUACCAAAGGUCUUGCCGCAGUCUUCUCCAGGAACUCCGAAGACCUUUCCAAAAAGUAUCCUGACAUUCUUGAAAAGCUCAAUACCUGGAUUAAACCAGAAACCACGAGUUUUGUCCUUGAUUGUGAAGCUGUUGCCUGGGACCCUAAAGCCGAGAAAGUGCUUCCGUUCCAGCAGUUGAUGACCAGAAAGCGGAAAGACGUCAAGACGCAGGAUAUUACUGUCAAGGUCUGUGUAUUCGCCUUCGACUUUCUCUUUUACAAUGGAGAGGCUUUGGUCAACAAGACUCUGCGAGAGCGUCGAGAAUUGCUGCACGAAGCGUUCACUCCCGUCAAGGGUGAAUUCCAAUUUGCUCAGUAUGGUGAUACAAGAGACAUUGAAGAGAUUCAAACCCUUCUUGACGAGUCUGUGAAGGCUUCCUGUGAAGGUCUCAUGGUCAAAAUGCUUGAUACAGAAGAGUCUGGGUAUGAGCCUUCGAAGCGCUCACGCAAUUGGCUGAAAGUCAAGAAAGAUUACCUGUCUGGUGUCGGAGACUCAAUCGAUCUUGUCGUCGUUGGAGGCUACUAUGGUAAAGGCAAGCGCACAAACUGGUAUGGAGCUUUCAUGUUGGCUUGCUACAACUCCAAGACGCAGAAUUUUGAAACAGUAUGCAACAUCGGAACAGGAUUCAGCGAAUCCAUCCUGGAAGAGCUUCAUGAUCAACUGCAGGAUAUUGUCAUUGAGAGGCCUAAACCAUUCUACAGUCACUCCUCUGUUACCGCCCAUCAACCUGAUGUAUGGUUCGAACCAAAAUACGUGUGGGAAGUGAAGACCGCUGAUUUAACGCUAAGUCCACGUUAUCGAGCUGCGAUCGACGAAAUAGGACAAGGUAUUAGUUUGCGGUUUCCUAGAUUCAUUCAGCGAAGAGACGAUAAGAAGCCCGAGGACGCCACGACUUCUGGUGCAAUCGUGGAAAUGUACAAGAAGCAAGAAGUGGUCAACAAGGCUAAUGCUGGUAAAGGUGUUGAUGAUGAUUUUGAGUACUGA